GCACAGAAAUAAUGAGCUCUGCCGUGUCUCUUCUGCUCCUUUUCAGCUCCUUCAAAAUCUCACAUGCACGCUCCUCCCGACGAGCACUGCAUCCGAAAGAGGCACGUGAAUAUCUGCUGCUCUCUCACCGUCAGAAUCCGCCAUUGGAGCGGAUGCGGAGGAGCUAGCGAAGGCGGAAGAUCUCCCCGUCUCCGUUCGCCUCUGUUGCGCGUGAAAAAUCCGUCGAUGGCGGUGCGUUUUCUCGCGAGUGUUGCGCUGCGAGGUGAGGUGCGGUGCUGAGCAGGGGGCAUGGUGGAGUUGGGAGGGUUCGGAGCUCGGGACGCGAGCCCCGACUCUGUGAUCUUCACCCUCGAAUCGAACUUCAGCCUCUUCUCCUCCGCCUCCGCCAGCGUCGACCGCUGCUCGUUCGCCUCCGACGCUCACGAUCGCGACUCCCUCGCCUCCGAGAUCUCUCUGCAUUUGGCAGGGCACGGGCGUGAUAGUUCGAGUGGUCCAGAUCCAGAUCCAAAUUCAAAUCCAAACAAACCUGCAGUACAUAAGCACAGUCGUCUCUCUCGAAAAGCAGAUAAAGCUAAAGUUCGAAUAGAGGACGAGGAUGGUGACGUUGAGGACAAUAAUCAUACCAUAGACUCUGCUAGAAGCUCCUUUUCUCUUGCUCUCAAAGAAUGUCAAGAGAGGAGAUCUAGAUCGGAAGCUCUGUCGAGGAAAUCAGAUAGGAGAAGACCUGCUUCGCUCGAUUUUAACAAUGCCACUGCUUCUUCCCCUCGAUUGGAAGCUGUGAAGAAGAGCUCCAUGGCGUGUCGGAAGUCCGGUACAUUUCCAAGCCCGGUAACCCCAAAUUACCGUCAUGCCAACGUUGGACUGCAGAAAGGUUGGAGCUCGGAGAGAGUUCCCCUGCAGUCCAGUGCUGGCAUGCGGAAUGCAAAUGCUGGGUUUUUGCCUUUCAAUAAUGGUAGGACAUUGCCAUCGAAGUGGGAAGAUGCAGAGAGGUGGAUUUUUAGUCCUGUGUCCGGAGAUGGUGGUUCUAGGCCAUCAGUACCGCCACCCCAGAGGAGACCCAAAUCGAAGAGUGGACCACUUGGACCUCCAGGAAUUGCAUACUACUCACUGUUUUCCCCUGCAAUGCCUAUGUUUGAUGGGGGAAACAUCAAGAACUACAUGGCAGGAUCUCCAUUUUCACCAGGAGUUAUCGGAGCUGAUGAUGGCUUUCGAAAUUCUGCUGUCAAUGUUGGAGAAUUUCCAGUCCGUGGAGAGCCCUGCAUGGGGCGAUCAGUUAGUGUCCAUGGCUGUUCUGAGCUGCUGAGUCAGUCAUCCAGCGUUGGUCCCCAAGAUGAAAAAAUCGAUCGUCUAAAGGAUGCUGCCACAGAUAUAUCUCGCGCUGUUUCAAGAAGGGAUAUGGCAACCCAAAUGAGCCCACAGGGAAGUACUUGCUCAUCUCCCAAAAGAACACUCUCUUUUGCCACAUCCCCUCCGUCAGCCUUAUCUAUCGUGGAACUGCCUGUUGGUAAUUCCUCUAAGAUGGAAUUAAAGGAUGUGCAGGUGGAUGAACGGGUCAUGAUCACUCGGUGGUCCAAGAAAAAUAGAUACCGAAUUUCAGGGAAGGGCUCAGGAAACAGUGAUGAUUGGAGAAAGAAAGAUAUGGAAGCACAAUCUUCAGUAUGGGAUAUCUCGGACACAGUCAAGAGCAUUUCAAACGUUAAAAGAGAGGAAGCAAAAAUUACUGCAUGGGAGAAUCUGCAGAAGGCUAAAGCUGAGGCAGCAAUUCGGAAACUAGAGAUGAAGCUGGAAAAAAAGAGAUCGUUGUCGAUGGAUAAGAUUAUGAAAAAGCUUCAGUCUGCUCAGAAGAGAGCCCAAGAAAUGAGGAGCUCAGUGUUGGCCAGCCAGAUUCACCAAGUCUCUAGGACUUCCCGCAAGGUUCCAGUAUUCUGUAGGAUUCGUCAAGGAGGCUCAUUGAGUGGUUGCUUUACCUGCUAUGCAUUCUAGUGCCGGUAUGUCUGAUAUCCAGAUCUGUCUUUCAGAUAACCUCCGAAUUCUCUGAAGCUAACAGAAGCCCUAUCAGGUCCUUCAAGCUGGUACAAAUUGGAUGCCGAAUGGAGGAAAGAAGAUGAGCGAAUGAAUGUACGUGGUCUCAAUCACUGCUGUUUGACACUAACAUUGUGUCGAUUGGCAUAUAUCAACGUAUGAAACACAACCAGUUCACCAAGGUUUUGAUCAAAUUCAUUCCCAUGGGUACUCGUUCCUCGGGACCCAAUGUAUUCGAAGAAAAGAUAUAACAAAUUAGCAAAUAUGUGCAAGUGUAUCGACUUCGGUGUCACGAAUAUAUGUGGUAUAUUCUCUCUUUAGACAGUACAAAUUGGACAUGCUUGCUUGCCACGAUUUACCUAUAAUUUUGAAAGGGAAUACGCGGCCCUUAGUCGAUGAAGCUCGAAUUGGUACUCGAUUCUCCUGUUGAGGUUGUUGGCUGUCUGAGAACGGCAAUUGCUUUCUGUCCCCUGUCAAGUACUACGGAUCAGCAAAACUGUAGGCGGUUUUGCUUCAUUCUUAUCUUUACUAUCAGUGGACUGAAUAGUGAGGCACGACUAGGAGAUUUUGCUUCCUUCUUAAGAAGUAAAGAACAAAAGAGUUUGUCUUGUA